CAUCUUUUGAGCGGGGGAGGAAAAAGAGGUGCGCAAUAUCGGUACUAGUAAGUACGUACGUACUCGUAGACUGCGUUCUGCUGCGAAGAAAGAACGAGAAACAUGGGGGAGCAAUUCAGUGCGUCCGCAUUUGGCGGGAAUCGAUUCCCGGAUCACGAAUUUAUGAUCGAAAGACUGCCCGGUCGUGUCAAGCACGAAGGGUUUUCUCGAGAAAACCUGAAAACGAGACGUUUCGACCGCCUCGGGGUUUGCAACUCAAAAACCCUUGCAGCAACCCAAGGACGAGAAUGGAAUCAUCCCAAGCAUAGCAACCUACACCGGAAAUCACAGAUCCGCAGCAGCAGCACCCGGUGGCCGAUAGAGCCCCAUCUCUGGGUUUUAAAAGGCAGAAAGCAGUCCGGAAACAAACAAGUGUCUUGCGGCCAUUUCCGGCGUUGGCAAGAGUUCUCUCGUAGCAGCCUCCACACGCCAUCUCCUCUCUCCCCUCAGAAGCCAAUGAGAGUCUCCACGUCCGAUCCGAGCCUGGAUGCACCGCUUUCGUCCUCGCCCCCCGAUCGGGAAUCGCCGGGAGCGGUAUGCUCGUGCUCGUUUUUGAGGUGGUUCACCCAAACACGGCGCGGAAGGGACGCUCUGGCCGUCCCCGGGGAUCGGGACAGCGGCGAUCCAUGCGAUCGGGUGGAGCUUACCGGCAGCUCUUCCAACCUCGAUGGAUUCCCGGAACCACCCCGUGACGACGGUGCGCCCGGGUGCGACGGGGACGACCGGGACGACCUCCGCACCACCGGUGGGGACAGCGACGACGACGACGAUGACGACGACGACGAUGACGAGGUUCGCAACGAUCCCCCCGGCGAUGGUUCGCUUCGGAACCCGGGGGCGGGCUCGGGCGCGCCAGUCGAGAUGGAUGCCAGUGGUGUGGGCUCCGAUGCGGACGCGGACGCAGACGCGGACGCUCCUGCGGAUAGAGAGGCGGACGCGGAUGGCGUUUCGUCUGUUCUCUGCAAGAACGUGGACGCGUUGUAUCGGAAACGCUUCUUGGACGCGAUGGAACGCGGGAUCAUCAAUCUUGUGCUUUCUGGUGUCGCGUUUCUCGACCCCUCGGAGAACAAGGCCUGCAAGAACAUGACAUGCGUCAAAAAGCUCGCAAAAGCCAGAAUGAACGGGAUCAAAAUUAAGAUGGAAGACACGAUCGAUCAAAAGACAACGAUCCUUGUCAUGACGACCGCAUCAAACAACAAGGAAGAAGCCAGCAUUCGUUCAUUCAAAGCCCUUAAAUGCUCCCUGCUGGGUAUACCGAUAGUACCCAUAGAUUGGGUAUGGGAUUGCAUUCGCAUGGGCAGGAUCAAGAUUCCAAAACACUUCAUCCGAACAUUGCUAAUGUCCUCAACCUCGCAGACGACUUCGGGAACGCCACCUAUGGACGAACGCGCUAGGUAUGGGGUAUUGCGUUUGGCAACCAUGCAGUGCAUUGAUCCAAAGAAUCUCCUCUUCCGGAACACGACUGUCUUUAUGUACGGAAAAUAUACCAGUGAGAGAAAG